UGCCAUCUCCAUACCUAGUACAUCAUAGCCUGUCACUUUGAGACAACGCAACCUUGGAACGCAAAGGUACAGACCCUGCCAGACCACUAUGCCAGACCCCCUCCAACAACAACAACAACACACACUUCAAAGCCAAUCUCCCUACCCUGCCCUAGGUACCUUGCCCUACCUACCUCAUCUCACCUCACCUUGCCACCUCCUAGCACGCCUCCCUCUCAGCUCAAGCUUCAACUCCCAGCUCCAUCAGCUUCCCCAGCUUCAAACCUCGACAAUCGUAUCUUCUAGUUUACUGAGUAUCGUAGUUCCACCGUCUUUGCUCCAGACCCUUACGUCCGCCUGCCUGUUUACACUAGCUUCUUGCUCAACUCGUGCAUCUUGCCUGGUCCCAUCUGGCUCCCAUCACUCGACGACUUCGAUCCCAUCGUCCGUCUUGCCUCUGCUUGCACUUCGCUGCCAUUUCGCUGGCCCGUCAUUACCAGUACGUCUGGAGACACAUCCUUCUUUCCCAAUCACAUCUUCUGGCACGUGUCGGGAGCUCCUGUGUAUUACCUUCCCGCGGAUGCCACAUGAUAGUCAACCCCCCCCACACACAACCCGAUCCUGGCUGUGUCCCCCAUGCUUGGGCCAGAGUGUUAAUUUGAAUGCUAUAUGUAGACUAGGAGAAGUCCGGGAACCGAGCAUCGGAAGUGAGAGAAACAGAAAGUAAAACCAAAUCUUGGGGACGAUAUCACAGCUCUAGAAGUCGAACUCUCGUUCCUCCCGCUCUAUUGCUCCACGCGUUUGCACUUGCACCGGCUGUUCUUUCCACGCAGUGUGUGUUUUAUCCGUGUCGAUAUUGCAGUACCAUUUUGGGUCAGCUGGGCUUUCCGUUGAAAACAGCGUGUCUGUGUUCGUGCCCGCAUCGACGAGCGAUAUGUGAUGGGUA